UCCCUCUUUAUAACUCCCUCCAUUUUUCCUGAAUCUCAUCACCUCCAUUUCUUGCUUCUCUCGUCUCUCUCUCUCUCCCCCCUUUCACAAUAAAAACUUCGUACUUUGUCCACAAACAGCCAUGGCCGAGGAGGCUUCAAAGACCACAAUGGAAAAAGUGGGGCUUGAUGAUGUUGCAGAAACUCAACCACACGCAAAGAAUCUGCCGGUCUGAUUUGUUCAAGGAAGAGAGUACCAAAGUUUCUGAUCUUCCCGAUCAUGAGAAGAAGGCUUUCCAAGAUCUUAAGCUCCUCGUCCAACAAGCACUGGACAACCAUCUCUUCUCGGAUUCUACCAACCAGUCUCAAUCCAAACAGCAAAAGCCGGACACUCCUGUAGUUGAAAAGACCAAGGACAAGAAAAGAGAAUCAGCCGAGGAAUUAUCUUCCGAACCGGCUCCUAAUGUGCCCGGAGAUGAACCUACGGAACCCACAAAAGCAGAGGAAGAAACAGACAAGACAGAACCUGCCCAGGUUGUUGUUCAGGACCAUGAAACAAAAGCCAUGGAAGCCAUCAAUGAGAGCGUCUCAACUGUCUCUACCUCUGUUUCAAAGGCAGAGGCAGAAACAAAAGAAGCCAAAGAGGAAAAGGAAAAGGUGUCCAUCUGGGGGGUACCAUUGCUUGCAGAUGAAAGGAGCGAUGUGAUUCUGCUGAAAUUUCUGCGAGCCAGAGAUUUGAAAGUGAAGGAAGCAUUCACCAUGAUCAAGAACACAAUCCGGUGGAGAAAAGAGUUCGGAAUCGAGGAAUUGGUGAAUGAAAAGAACUUGGGUGAUGAUUUAGAGAAGGUGGUUUUCAUGCAUGGCUUUGACAAGGUGGGGCACCCAGUGUGCUAUAACAUCUAUGGGGAAUUCCAGAACAAGGAGCUCUACAAGAAGACAUUUUCCGACGAGGAAAAGAGAGACAAGUUCCUGAGAUGGAGAAUCCAAUUCCUGGAAAACAGUAUCAGGAAACUGGAUUUCACCCCAGGGGGAGUAUCCACCAUUGUUCAGGUCAAUGACCUCAAAGAUUCUCCUGGACCUAGUAAGUGGGAACUUAGACAUGCUACCAAACAUGCUCUUCAUUUGCUCCAAGACAACUAUCCUGAAUUUGUAGCCAAACAGGUGUUCAUCAAUGUGCCGUGGUGGUAUAUGGCAGUGAAUAGGAUGAUAAGCCCUUUUCUGACCCAGAGAACAAAGAGCAAGUUUGUGUUUGCUGGGCCUUCCAAAUCUGCAGAGAUCCUUUUAAGAUACAUCGCAGCAGAGCAGCUUCCGGUCAAGUAUGGAGGACUAAGCAAAGAUGGAGAAUUCGGAAAUACCAACACUGUCACAGAAACUACAGUACGGCCAGCAUCAAAACAUACCGUGGAAUUUCCAGUUACUGAGAAAUGCCAUUUGUUUUGGGAGCUGAGAGUAAUAGGAUGGGAUGUGAGUUAUGAUGCAGAAUUUGUGCCAAGUUCUGAAAGAAGCUACACGGUGAUCAUCCAGAAGACCAGAAAGGUUGCUUCAUCAAACGAACCAGUGAUCUGUGACAGUUUCAAGACUGGUGAACCUGGGAAAGUUGUUCUCACCAUUGACAACCCAAGCUCCAAGAAGAAGAAGCUCCUGUACCGUUUCAAGAGCCAGCCUUCCUCUGACUGAAAAGGCUUGUCGUCAAGAUUUUGAAUAUUGAGAAUUAAUUCUGUGGAAUUAUUGUUCUUACAUGGAGGACACAUUGCUCUGGUUAUGUGUAUGUAAAAAUCUGAGGAAAUAUUUGUGGGGGAUCUGUAAUUUUGAUACUGCAUAAUUUUGAACUGUCAUGAUCCCACUAGAAGAUAAGAAAGGGAUACCUAAUCUAAGUGUUGUUGUGCUCGGCUUUAUUAUUUGCCUUCUUUCAGAUGUAUUUUGGUAGCCAUGGAUUGCCUGUGCCUUUGAAUAAGCUAUGUGUUUUGAUUAAA